GUACACCUCGCGUUUUAUUUUAGUAGCGUAUCACCAGUCCCGUUAGCUUUCACAGUUAUUUUAGUGGCGACGAGGAAAUCGGUUUUUUUGUUUCUUAGAAAUUCGCGUGUGUACGAGCAUUUUAGUUUUGCGACAGUGUUUCCGUAGCCUACGAACAGUUUUUUUUUCCCGGCGUUAAGUUUGCUGGUGAAGUGGUUUCGCGGCGUUCAGUUUGCCAAAAGUUUGUUUCCCGCUGGUGUAAAAAGCGGCAGAAAAAAAAAUAAUUUAUAAAAGUUUUGCCCCGCCAAGUGUUUGCGGAGAGCCAGUGUUAACAAGCGGUAGUGGUGUUUUUCCGCGAAAUAAUAAAAAUCUAUUAAAAAAAAGUUUAUCCUGGUAGAUCAGGUUUGUUUUACUUUUUGAAGUUUUUUUUAUUUCGAUCAAACAGGUUUGCGUCAACGAUCACGUAAGUUUUUGCACAGUUUAUCUUGUUUUAACUGCAUGUUUAAAGUGCGAUUGUAAGCCUUUUUCGACUGUUUAGCACGCAGGAGGAAUUGCGCUUCAUUUUGUUUUUUACCGUGAUCGGAUAGGCAAAAGAGCCAUUUUUGAUUUUGCCAAAGUUUAUGCUGCACUACCAUAAUCAAACAGCAGCAUAUUAAAGUUUUGCAUUAUGCCGUUAGUGAAUCAAAUCGAGCCGUACGUUCCUGGUACUAUUCCGUUUGCGCAGUUUUUGGAGCAGUUGGACUGGGUGUUUGCGCAUCAUAAAGUGGUUGAUCCGGCGGAGCAAAAAGUUUCGUUUCUCGCUACCUGUAGCAGGGAAGUCUACAGCGAGAUAAAGCUUCUUUUCCCUGGCAAGGAUUUGAAAGCUUUAUCGUUUAAGGAGAUUACGGAUGCUCUUAAAAAACGGUAUGACAAGACGGAAAGCGAUUUGAUCCAUCGCUACAGAUUCUACAAACGCGAACAAGGGCCGAAUGAAACAGCUGUGGAUUUCAUACUAGCUGUUAAGCUCCAAGCAGAGUUGUGUGAAUUCGGACAGUUUAAGGACAUGGCGAUUCGCGAUAAGUUGGUUUGUGGAAUCCGCGAUGAGGAGCUACAAAGGCGUUUGUUUGAUGAGGACGAUCUAACCUUGGCGAAAACGGAGAAACUCAUCACGAAUACGGAAGCAGCAGGAGAGAGGGUGAAAAUAAUCUCUCGAGAUUCCAGUUCGCGCCGUACGAGCGUGUUGAACAGGCUUGGGAAUCGGGACAAUCGGUCUGAUUUCCGAGAUCGCUCGCGUGGACGGAGUCGUCAGCCUAGCAGAGGAAGGAGCAGAAGCCGAUCAGUUUCGUUUGACCGAAAAAAUCGUUCCACUUCAAAGUCACGAAAUCUGUUUUGCAAUUUCUGUCGUAGAAGUGGGCAUACACGUCGUUUUUGUUACGACUUGAAAAACAAGAAAAAGUCAGUGAAGUUUGUCGAUUCUCCAGCAGCAAAGCCAAAAUUGAACGAGUAUCAGAAAAGUUUGAGACGUCGAUUGAAUAGAUCCGUCUCGGAUGACGACGACAUGGACUGUUUGAUGAUAUCAUCAGUCAAUAGAAUCAACGAACCGUGUUUCCGUAACGUUUUCGUUGACGGCUUGCGGUUGAAGAUGGAAGUUGAUUGUGGCGCUGCAGUCUCCGUCAUCAGUUUGGAGAUGUACGAGGGAGAAUUCGAUCACAUACCUUUAGAGACGUGCGACAAGAAAUUAGCAGUGAUCAAUGGCAGUAAGUUGAAGGUGGAAGGAGAAAUAACAGUAAAAGUUGAGUUUAACGGCCAAGCGAAAACUGUUCAACUGAUCGUUUUGCGAAGUGGAAGUUGCUUCACACCUUUGUUGGGACGAGACUGGCUGGAUGUAUUCAUUCCUGACUGGAGGAAGGCGUUUGGAAGCAGCAUCAAUCAACUGGCAGUUUGCCCGGACCAGAUUGUUGCAGAGAUACAGAGUAAGUUUGCCAAUGUUUUUGAUAAAUCUUUAUGUACGCCAAUUAAAGGGUUCGAAGCAGAUCUAGUUUUAAAAGAUCAUACACCGGUUUUUAAGCGUGCUUAUGACGUUCCAUACAGGUUGAGGGACAAGGUUUUACAGCACCUCGACUGUUUGGAAAAGGAUGGAGUCAUAACACCAAUAGAUUCGAGCGAGUGGGCGUCACCCGUAAUUCAAGUGGUGAAAAAGGACGGUGGCAUUAGGAUGGUUAUUGAUUGUAAAGUUUCUAUCAAUAAAGUUUUGAUUCCUAAUGUGUAUCCGCUCCCACUAACACAGGAUUUGUUUGCUUCUUUGGCUGGCGCGAAGGUUUUCUGUUCUCUUGAUCUGUCUGGUGCGUAUACACAGCUAUUGUUGUCAAAAAGGUCAAGAAAAAUCAUGGUGAUUAACACAAUCAAAGGGUUGUUUACGUACAAUCGUUUGCCACAGGGUGCUUCUUCAAGUGCGGCUAUAUUUCAGCGGAUCAUGGAUCUGGUUUUGAAGGAUAUCGACGGAGUUUACUGUUACUUAGACGAUGUUUUGAUAGCAGGCAAGGACUAUUCGGACUGUGUACGGAAGCUUAAUUUGGUCUUAGAGCGUCUUUCUAAUGCCAAUAUUAAGAUUAAUCUGCAAAAAUGCAAAUGGUUUGUUUCAAGUUUGCCAUUCUUGGGUCACAUUUUGAGCGACAGAGGUUUGUUGCCGUGCCCGGAAAAGGUCGAGACUAUUCGGAAAGCUAAUAUUCCGAAUAAUGUUUCUGAACUGAAGGCAUUUUUGGGUUUGGUUAAUUACUACGGGAAGUUCAUACCCAAUUUGUCCUCACGCCUCAGCUGUCUGUAUCGUUUAUUAAAAAAAGACGUUAAGUUUGUCUGGGACUCAGAUUGUAGUCGAGUGUUUGAAGACUGUAAACAGGCGUUGCUGAGUUCAAAGCUGUUAGAGUUUUAUGAUCCGAGGAAACCUGUUGUCGUUGUAACAGAUGCAUGUAGUUAUGGGUUAGGCGGCGUAAUCGCACAUCAAAUCAAGAAUGAGGAAAGACCUAUUAGUUUUGUUUCUUUCAGUUUAACAAAUGCACAAAAAUCCUACCCAAUUUUGCACUUAGAAGCGUUGGCAGUUGUUAGCACCAUCAAAAAGUUUCAUAAGUUUCUUUUUGGCAAAAAGUUUACUGUGUAUACUGAUCAUAAGCCAUUGAUUGGAAUUUUCGGGAAGGAAGGAAAAAAUACGUUGUUUGUGACGCGUCUGCAGAGAUAUGUAAUGGAACUGAGUAUUUACGAUUUUGACAUUGUUUACAGGCCGUCAACAAAGAUGGGCAACGCAGAUUUUUGCUCACGAUUUCCUCUUCCUGAAAAUGUUCCGUUAAGUCUGCAAAAGGAAUACAUAAAGAGUUUGAAUGUUUCCAAUGAGUUUCCGUUAGACCAUGCUUUGAUUGCGAGUGAAUCACAAAAAGAUCCGUUUUUGCAAAAAAUUGUUUACUACAUGAAGCAUGGUUGGCCACAGAAGUUAGAUCGAAGUUUUUUAGAUGUAUACGCACAACACCAAGACUUGGAAGUAGUAGAGGGUUGUUUGCUAUACCAAGACCGUGUCGUUAUUCCUGAUAGUUUGCAAAAGAAAAUUCUGCGUUUACUACAUAAAAAUCACUCAGGAAUAACCAAAAUAAAGCAGAUGGCCAGAAGAACAGUUUAUUGGCAUGGCAUUAGUAUUGACAUUGAAAAUUUUGUUAAAACUUGUUCUGUGUGUUGUCAAAUGAACGUUGUUCCAAAGCAGGUACCACAUUCUAACUGGAUCCCUACAACAAAACCGUUUACCCGCAUUCAUGCGGACUUCUUUUAUUUCGACAAAAAAGUUUUCCUGGUCAUUGUCGACAGUUUUUCAAAAUGGCUUGAAGUUGAGUACAUGAAGUUUAGUACAGAUGCCAGGAGUGUGAAGUCGAAAUUUAUCAGCGUUUUUGCUAGAUUUGGGUUGCCGGACGUAGUUGUUACGGACGGAGGACCGCCGUUUAAUUCUAAAGAACUUGUUGACUUUUUUCAGAAACACAGUAUCAAGGUUAUGAAAAGUCCUCCGUAUAACCCCUCGAGUAACGGACAAGCAGAACGUAUGGUAAGAGUGGUAAAAGAAGGUUUGAAAAAGUUUUUGUUGGAUCCGGAGAUGGCUAGUUUGAACACAGAAGAUCUGGUGUCAUAUUUUUUGUUUGGUUACAGGAAUACAUGUUUAGAAGGCAGUAGUUCUUUUCCUUCAGAGAGACUGUUUAGCUAUAAACCCAAAACGCUGUUGGAUUUAAUCCAUCCUAGGAAUAGUUUUAGGAAUCAUCUGACGAAGCGUGAUAAUGUGGAUAAAUCUGUGUAUAGCUAUAAUACCAAAGAUUAUCAUAAACCUGACUGGAUUGACAAGUUGCGCCCAGGAGAUCUAGUAUACUUUAAAAAUUUCAAACCUACUGACAUUCGACGAUGGCUUGAAGCAAAAUUUUUAAAACGUGUUUCUUUAACAACUUUUCAGGUUUCCGUCGGAGGUCGGGUGUAUCUGGCGCACCGCAAUCAGCUGAAGCUGGUUGGAGCUCGCAGAAAUCGUCACGGUUUGAUUUUUGCGAGGGAGGAAGGAAGGAGUGUUAACCGGAAACGAGCGCGUGAUGACGAUGACGAUGAAAGCGUUGACGACGAUGCUGGCGGAUUCCUUGGUUUCGCAGCAGAUUCGUUUAUUUACCGAGGCACAUCUGACGAUCAUCCAAUGGUUUGUGAUUCGGAAGGUGGUGGCAGAUCGGCGCGUUUACCACCUGAGGAAGUUGAUCCCCAGGAGGGCCCAUCUACGCGACAGUGGUCGCAAUCGAAUCAACCAUCAAGCUCGAGUUGUCAUCCAGAAAGUUUGCGUCGCUCUAGUAGACCGAAGCGUCCUAAAAGGGAUGUCGAUUUUAUAUAUUAAAACAAACAUAAGUUUGAGUUUGUGGCAGUAUUGUUUCGCCACUAUCUGAAAAAAAAAAAAAAGUUAAAGCGGCAGUCAUGUUUAACCGCAUUCAAAAAAAAAAAAUGAAUACCUAUAUGGCAGUGAAGUUUGGCCAUUAUCAGAAAAAUAUUGUUUAAACUAAAGGGGGGAGAACUGUGGUGACCACCCUAGAAUACAACCCUGUCUGAACAACUGGCUGGCUCAGUGUUCUGAUGAAGAUAAUAGAUCAGUUUAUAGUUGACUGUCGA